AUGAAGUCUUUCGCCCUUGCAGCCUCCGCGGCCACCCUGCUCUCCCAGGUCCAGGCCGCGCAGUUUGUCAUGUACACUGGAAGCACUGAAUCCAACGGAGACGACAAUGUGGUCGAACGUGCUGACCCCAUCCUGGCUCCUGGCGUUCUCAGUCAGCACGUCCACCAGAUCUUUGGCUCCGACGGCUUCGCUCCAGGUGUGACAUACGAAUCUCUCCAGAAAUCAUCCUGUACCAAUGUCGGAGCUUCCAACGGAGACAGCAACAUGGCCGACAAGAGCAUCUACUGGCACCCGGCGCUGUAUGCCGAGGCGAGCGACAACUCUGGCUACAUCCGCAUCCCCACCAUGGGCCACAAAUUCUACUACAAGGAUGUUGGGAGCGACAUGGACAAAUUGGCGUCGCCGUUUGAGUUCCCCCAUGGCUUCCGCAUGUUGGCUGGUAACCCGUUCAUGAGGGUAGCAGCCAGCGACCUGCAGCAGCAGAACGUCACCCAGUGGAUGUGCCACGACUCCAGUGGAAGCAAUCAAGGCACGGAUGGUGGCUUCCCUGAUGGCGUGACCGACUGCGACGCCUACCCCGGCUUCAACGGAGCAAUCCACUUCCCGCACUGCUGGAACGGCGACGACUUCAACCCGGCCGACCCCGCUGCCCACAUGUCGUACCCAGAAGGCGACGUUCAGUCAGGCCCGUGCCCGAAGAGCCACCCUACGCGCCUUCCCCACAUCUUCGUCGAGAACCAGUUCGAUGUACACGGCAUGGCCGGCAAGUUCAAGACCGAUACGUUUACGCUCGCCAUGGGCGACCCGACCGGCUAUGGAUGGCACUACGACUUCUUCAACGGAUGGGACGAUGGCGCCAUCCCCGAACUCUUCAAGACUUGCCCACAGCCAGAGUUCGGCAACGAGGACAUCGGCUCAUGUCCUUCCAUGAAGCGUGGUGGUGCGACCAACAAGUGCCAGCUCAAGACAACCUUCAAAGAGAAUAUCGAUGCGCCUGGCAAGUACCUUGUCGGCUGUAACCCGGUAUCGAAGAACAACCCGGCCCCGAUGUACGCUACCAGCCCUCUUGGUACCAGCUCCAACCAGUGCAAGCUCGCCUCAGGCGGUCCACCACCAAGCGGACCGAGCAGCUCUUCUCCGUCAGAGUCGUCGAUGGCCGCCAGUCCCAGCUCCGCGGCCGGCUCCAAGUCUAGCUCCAUGGCACCUUCCGGCACCAUGUCCGCCACCUACAUCCAAGCUUCGAGCUCCGCACAGGCCACCAAGCCAAUGGAGUCGAGCACUAUGGUUACGUCGACCAAGUCAAGCAGCACUCCUUCCCCGUCGACCUACCCUUCGUCGGGCAGCGGGUCCGACAUCUCUUGCCCAGAGUCCAACCACCAGAAGUACACCGUGAACGGCAAGACUUUCCGAGUACAGUGCGGUGUCGACCACCACGGCGGCGACAUGAAGUCUGUCACCGCACACUCCCUGGCCGAGUGCGUGGAGGCUUGCGCUUCAACCGAUGGCUGCGUAGACGUCUCACUCUCCGGCGUCGCCUGCUACAUGAAGAGUACCCUCGGCGAGCGCAAGAGGAACAAGGGCGUGAAUGGCGCCAGACUCGUUGACGCUACCCCCGCUCACAAGGGCGGCAAGGGCAAGCCUGCCGGAUACGUGACAAACAUCCAUACUGCUACCGCUUCCCCAACCGCGACGGCUGCCAGCCACCACCGAAGGCAUCUGGCGAAGCACAUUCAGCGGUAUGCUUCGUAG